CGAGCACGCACGUGUCUUGUGUAUACGCGUGUCUAUUUUUCUUCUGACAAUUUAACCAAGUUCAGGUUCACUACUACUUUUAUUAAAUAGGCACAUACUUUAGAGAAACACCUACCCACCCACACAAGUGUUUUUGAGGGGGCGGGAGGCGCGCACGCGCACGUCACUCCACGCCGGAUUUCAGGUACUAAUGUGCACGCGCGGGCACGUGUAGAGUGUCCACCGGCUUCAGCUCGCUAGUUCCAGCACGCGACAUUCAGAAUAAAGUGUGCCUUCGUGGGACCUUUUUUUUUUCUUUUCUGGCGUGUCGCCGAAUUGACGCGUGGCUGGAGCGAGCAGUGGACGGCGGCGGUGCCACGUAGCUAGCCGGCUAAACGCGUGCGCGAGAGAGGCUAAGAUGACCCGGGUGUGCAAGAACUGUGGCAGUUCUGACGUGGACGUGGACCAUGCGCGCGGGGACGCCGUCUGCAUGGCCUGCGGGUCCGUCCUGGAGGACAACAUCAUCGUCUCCGAGGUGGAGUUUGUUGAGUCGGGAGGAGGACGCUCGCUUGCGGCCUCGCAGUUUGUCUCUUCGGAAGGUGGCGCCAAGAAUCCGUCGUUCGGAGACGGUCAUCUGGCCCACUCGGGAAAUGAGUCGCGGGCGCAAACACUCUACAGAGCCAAGCAGCACAUUGGUGUCCUAGGCCACCAGCUUCAGCUGAACCAGCACUGCCUGGACACGGCCUUCAACUUCUACAAGAUGGCACUGGCCAAGCGCCUGACGUGCGGGCGCAAGGCGGCGCACACGGUGGCCGCCUGCAUCUACUUGGUGUGCCGCACUGAAGGAACUCCGCACAUGUUGUUGGACCUCAGCGACAUCGUUCAGGUGAACGUGUACACUUUGGGAAAAACCUUCUUGGCACUCUCCAGAGACCUUUGCAUCAAACCUCCUGCCAUAGACCCGUGCCUCUACAUCCCGCGUUUCGCUCAGCUGCUGGAGUUCGGCGACAAGAACCACGACGUGGCUAUGACGGCGCUGAGGCUGGUGCAGAGGAUGAAGCGGGACUGGAUGCACACCGGACGAAGGCCCUCCGGACUCUGCGGGGCCGCUCUCGUGGUUGCCGCUCGCAUGCACGACUUUUGCCGCACGACCAAAGAAAUCAUCAAUGUGGUCAAAGUGUGCGACAGCACGCUGAGAAAAAGACUAGCAGAGUUUUCGGACACGCCCACCAGCCUGCUGACAGUGGAGGAGUUCAUGAAGGUGGACUUGGAGCAGGAGUGCGAUCCUCCCUGCUUCACAGCUGGACUGCGCAAGAUAAAAGCCCAGCAGCUAGAGGCGGAGCUCACCAAGAAGAUGGACGACAUUGAAGGAGAGAUCGAAAGCUACCAGGACCAAAUCGAGUCAGAGCUGGAAAGCAGCCGACCCAAACUCAAAGGAAUUUACGCCGCCUACACCAAACAAGACUUUCAGCAGCACGUGAACGAGGCCCUGGGCGCAUCCCCCGAGCCGGAGGAAGAGGACCAAAAAGAGACGGAGGAGGACGAGGACGUUCUGGAGGCGGUGGCCAAACACUUUGGCAAAGAUCUGGCCGAGCUCACCCUGGAGAAGCUCAUCGAGUUGGAGCAGAUCGGGGCCGCAUCUGAAGACCCGCACCGGCAGGAGCCCAAGAGGAAAGGACCUACGCUGGCGUCCAUCUUGGGAGCCAGCCUGCCCACCGCCGCUUCGCUCGGCCUCAACAACUCUUGCGCCAAAGAGGAGCAAGAUGACGAAACUUCUGCUGAAGGCGGCGAGCUGGACCUAAACGGCAUCGAUGAUAGCGAGAUCGAGCUGUACCUGCUGAGUGAAAAGGAGAUCAAGGUCAAGACAGCUCUCUGGAUGGCUGAGAACUCAGACUACCUCAAAGAACAGAAAGAAAAGGAGGCCAAGAUUGCCAAGGAGAAGGAGUUGGGCAUCUACAAGGAAAAGAAGAAGCGAGUGACGGCGAAGCGGGUGGCCAUCCGGGCCGACACGGCUGAUGAGGCCAUUGAGAAAAUGCUGGAGCAGAAGAAGAUCUCCAGCAAGAUCAACUACGAUGUGCUCAAGGACCUCAACAUCAAGAACGCAGCCGGCCCCGCUCCCAAGUCCCCCCGGGGUCUUGAAACCGGCAUGACCGGGCUGAACGGACGUUAUCAAAGGCCGGGACGGGCCUCGCUCAAUCUCAGCACGCCGCUCAGCUCGCUGGGGAAAAGGUUGCAGCCAUUUGUGAGCGGGCGACCUGGCAAGAAGAUGGCUGUACAGCAGCCCUCCAGCGCAGCCCCCGUGGCCGUGGCGGCGCCGGCGCCACCGUCCGUGUUGGUGGAGAGCGGCCCGGUGGCCUAUGACGACCCGGCGGGCGAGGAGGACGAGGACGAUGAAGAGGACGCCUGCGUAAGCGUCAUAGAGCUGAUGGGCAGUCAAGAAAAUUACGGCUGCGAUGAUUACGACGACGGCUUCUAGCGGCGGCUAGUUUUGUCCUUUGACGUCGCACCGCUUUGCAUACUUGAAGGGACGCAGCCUUUACCAGAACAAGAUGGCGGAUUCCGCGGAGAAGGGUCACACAUCUGUCGUUGGGCAGCUAAGAUGGCACCGGCGACACACGUCUCGUUUGGAACAAAGUCGCCACAAUGACGUGUGGUAAAACUUCACCAUGUAAGCAAGUACUCAAGAAAUGUUUGUACUUCCUGUUUGGACAUGAAGUGGCUUAAGUGCGUAAAAAGCGUCAAAUCUCCAGAGCUCUUCAAGCUUGUUGGUUUGCACCUCAAGGGAAACAAAAGCAUGAGUUCCUUUUCAUUUAUUUAUUAACAUUAGCUGGCACGCUUCUGCUGCGGCGAAAGCGGCCAUUCUUUGAAUGAAGAAUAUUACUGGUGCGGAAGUUAUUUUUUUUCUGGACACUUUCAAAGAUGGCUUCCAGUGAGUGAGCAUUUUUGUUUUUGUUUGCUUUUUUGAAUUUUACAAAAGUGCCCACUGAGGGUGUCGCUAAGGUGAUGGUGGCGUAGUGAUCACAUGUGGACAGCAUACGACAUCACAUGAUCUCACAUUUCAUGACGUCUCAAUUGUGACGGCUGUGGCUCAGGCAGUAGAGGGGGUCGUUAGGAACCGGAGGGUUGGUGGUUCGAUCCCAACUCUGUCACAGUCACAUGUCAUUGUGUCCUUGGGCAAGACACUUCAUACACCUUGCCUCCAGGUCGCCAUUGUAAAUGAGAAAGUGUUCUCAAUUGGCUUACCUGGUAAAACAUUGAAUGAAGAAAAACAAUUUCAGAUGAUAUCGCUUAAUGUCAUUUUGGCCUUGUCGCACGUGCUGUUCAUGUGACAUCAAGUCAUGUGUCACAUGAUAUCACAUCAUGUGGCUUGUCACCUUUCACGUGUUCCAACCAUAAGAACGUGUCCAGCAAACAGGAAGUAAACAUGUCAGUAUGGCACAAAAGUCAUCUAGAUUAAUAAAUUUUUCCCAAGCAUGCAAA